GUUGCUUUCAUGGUUUCAUUUGCCACAUUUUCUUGGCAGAAGUCUCCUAGGCAGCUGUGGAGCAGGCCGGUGGAGGCGGCUCCGGCGACUCCACAGAACUUCUGGCGACUCCUUGGAGCCGUAGCGGGAACGAUCUAGCCGCGUGAUGAAGGAGCCGGAAAAGACAGCGACGCCGAUGGCGACGAAGGUGUUCCGUGCAGUCAUCAUGGGCCCUCCGGGAUCGGGCAAAGGCACGAUAUCCGAGUGGAUCGUGCGAGAUUUUGCACUCAAGUACCUCUCUUGCGGAGACCUUAUGCGCCAGAACGUGCGGAAUAAGACACAGCUGGGUCUGGAGAUGGCGCCUUACAUGGAGAAGGGGCAGCUGGUACCUGAUGAGAUGGUCACGAAGUUUAUCCUUCAUGAGAUGAACAACACCUACAAGAAUGAACAUUGGCUGCUUGAUGGUUUUCCUCGCACUGUGCCACAGGCAGAAGCUCUUUAUAAGGACACAGACUUGUCUUGUGUGCUGAACCUGGCUGUACCUGAGGAAGAAAUCACGAAGCGAAUUGAGGGGCGCUGGAUCCACGCUGCUAGUGGUCGGACGUACCACACGGAAUUCAACCCUCCCAAGGUGCCCUUCAAGGACGACGUCACUGGAGAGCCACUUGAGCAGCGGGCCGACGACAAACCUGCUACGGUACGAGCCCGUCUGGCGACCUAUCGAGCCCAGACUGAGCCCCUGCUGGCCUACUAUGACAAGAAGGGCCUCCUGCACGAGUUCCACGGUACGAAGUCCAAGGAGAUCUGGCCGCAUGUCUACAAGUACCUCAGCAGCAUUCGCAAGCCUGUCCGUGCACUGAGCAUAGACUGAAGGAGUGUGCCGCAUUCAGUCUCACCAUUGGUUGUGGCAAGUCAUGUCACAUUCUUGGCUGGCUGCUCCUUCAAAGAGGCCUUGAUGUCAAAACAGUGGACAGGCUUACGGCAUGCAUGCAUUCCAAAAUUCAUUCCGCAUUGAAGAAGCCUGCCCCGUGUUGUAUUAAAAGGCCGUAAAUGAGCAUCAGUGAAAACCAUGUUUUGUUCGGACAAGUAAUAGACUAUGACUAGGCUAUGGUAAGACAGGUUUUGUUAAGCGAAAUCGUUUGAAAAGCCUUAAAGUUAGGCAUCUCUGUUUAGUUCCCAUAAGUUGAGGCACACUGUGCACACUGGCUAAGCCGGUGUAAGCAGUGUUUCGAAUGGACUUAUGCACUUCCCAUGAGCACUAUCUUUAUUUCUCAUAAUUCUCUAGAGUCUAGAGCAUUGACACAAUGGCAAUCGCUUCAAUCAAGUGAAGUAGAUGUCACGCCACGCAUAACUGAGCAUGUUCGAGUAUACAAUCUCAGUGUAGUUCUGUUUUAAGCUGAACUUCUGAUAGCAUGAUAAUAUGCGGGAAAAAAAAAUUUCUUAAAGGGAGGCUGCUAUAACUGUGAAAUGUGGCAGCGGACAGUGAAGCCCAUCUUGGAUUCAUGUCACUAUUAACAUGGUUGCAAUUCUCGGGCAAACAUUCGUUAAUCAUAUCACUUACCCCUAAAGGACAAAUUUUUAGAAACAUUUUUAAAUGUGUGGUAUUUUUUUUUUUUGCCCCACCUGCAUAUUUUGCAGAAUUUUUUUUCUAAAAAAUAUUAUACCAGGAAUGCCUAUUGCAUUUUUACUGGUCUUGUUGAAAAAAAAGAAGAAAAAAAGGAAGAAGUUAUCGGUCAUCGACAGCAAGGGGGUUAAAGGUUUCUUUGUCCACUUUUAAGGUGGUUUUAUUGAUUGGUUUUAGAGAUACAAAUUUCAAUUACCUUUGUCAUCAUGCCUCACUUUUCUGUCACCAAAAAGUAUUGAAAUUUCUUGCAAGCUCAGAGCUCUGCAUUGCAUAUUUAUCCUUAAGCCUUCAGCGUGUUCCAUGUGUUAAUCACUGCCUCUUCCUAGGGCUCAACUUGGCAAAGGAAAUUGCCAGAAUGUGCACUUCCGAGUGUGAGCAAUGCAUGCAGUUUUUAUUGCUGUAGUUGUGACUACAGAAUGCUUGACGUAGAAGGGAACUCGUGUGCUAAGUGUAUUUAUGUGCUUUAUACAUUGUAAUCUUAUGUGUCCUGGUGUGUUUGACAGUGUAUCAUUAGUCACUUUCAAGCCGCACACAUACUAUAGGUACACAAUGAGUACAAUGAAAGAGUACAGAGUACAACUGAAAUGAGCAGAGAGACGAUGUAAAGAAAAGCUUUUUUCCAAUUGUAGAGGCAGUCGUCCAACACCGUUUUACUGGAUACCCCACCCCCUGUGUUGCUAACUCUGCACUUUACAGCCAUACAUCAUGAUGUACUCGGCGGGUGCCUUGCUAAAGGAAAGGAGUGAUUCAAAGCCUUCGCAUGUCAAGCACAGAGUAGUUCUUGUCAGUGCUUUAUAAACUGUUUGACAGCCUUGUACACCAUAUCGAGCUGUGUCCAGAGGUGUGUGCUUCCAGUGUGCUGUCACAUAGUUUUAUACUAGUUAAGACCACACAGUUUACGCGGCAUUUUUAUAUGCAUCGUUAUAAUGAGAAUUUCAUUAGUAUUUGUGUAGUUUAGGGGUGCACUUUGCAGUUUAGAUAUUUGUAUACGGUAGUGUUAGGAGCUUGUGGAAUUUAGGCACAUGUUGUCAUAAGCUGUGGAAUUCAGGCUUUAUAUAAUAUUGUUAGAAUACUGCCGUUUUGUUGGCUUGCCAGGUUUAGUAAUGUGACUGUGAGUGGCACGCGUCGAAAAAUUUAUUGAAACUUUGUUAGUCAAGCUGAGGAUGUUGUAAUGAGGUGUUGACUGUGUGGAAUGUAUUUCUGCUGUAUUUUCAGUACAACAUUGGUGCAACUGUUCCACACUGCAGAUUGCCUAUACCGCCAGUGUGAUUGAAUACACAGUGGCAGCGGAAGUAAAACGUGCAUCAAUAUUGCUCAUAGCUGAACCGUGAAACAGUAAAACUAAAUGUAAUAAAGUAAGGAUUGUGUAUAUCAGAGCACUUUCUUGCCCCCUAGGCAUUUUGACUAUCAUAAAGUUUUGUGUUUGUACUCUUAUUUUAAUAUACAUGGAUAGAGCUUUUCUUUUUUAAUUGGAAUUGAAAGCUGGGAAGGUAAGGCAAUUUUUGUGAAUCUAACAUCAGCUGUGGUGUGGAAUGCAGUGAAGUUGCUGUUAUCAUAUUUGCAUGAAUAAAAUGCGAAAGGGGAGGGAGAUUCCCCACUCUAAGAAAGUGGGGGGGGGGGGGGGAGUUUUUUCUUUUUCAUUAUAAUAUGAAUUGACAAUUUUUAAUGAAAUUGUAGCCUUGGACUCCAAAGUUAACAUUUCAUUAUGAUAGUGUGAUGCAUGACCUGCCACUGAAGCAAUGAGCUCAAUCGACCUCGCUUUUAUUGCAAUUCUUUGAAGGUUGCAGCGUCUGCUGGGCCAGUGAGGUUAUAGAACUGGUUUGUGCACUGUAUCAUUGAGGUGCCUCACAUAGUUCUACUUCAAGUUGUUUACAUGUAGGAUCUAGUAUUUUUGCGGUAGUUAGUGGUAGCACAAUUAUACUCAGUUGUUUUAACUCUGCAUAAAAGAAAAAGGCUGCCUUUUGGACGCCACUACCGAGGGACUGCUGUGUAUAUGAUGUGGUGCUUGUAUGUAUCUGGUUAGCUCUUUCAGUAUUGUGUGAGAGUAAUGAGUCGAUGUGAAAGGAAUAUCGAGAGGAUGUAAAGAAAAGCUCUUCUCCCAUUGUAGGGGCAGUCAUCCAACACUUUUUUACUAGAUACCCCCUGUAUUACUAACUGUACUUUACAGCCAUCCAUCAGGCUGUAUAAAGUUGCAGGCAUCUAGCUAGCAGGAUGUCAAGCUAGCAAGAAAUGUGUUUGUGUAGAAAAUUUGCCAAGGAGCUUCCCAGAACCAGUUGGAAAGCCGUUGUCCUUACGAAUACGAGUCUGCUUGUCGAAACGGUUGGCCCCAGGCUAAGGCUUCCCUUGUUACAGCCAUAGGUGAUCACUUGAAGUUGAAGCUCUGUGUUAUUUGAUUUCAUAUGCUAAAAAACUAGUUAUUAUCAAGAUCUUCACUGAGGUGACAAAUUUAAUAAACCACACUGUAAUAUGAUAUGCAGAACACCCAGCAAAAGGGCCAAGGGUGCAGCUGGUGUUAGAUUGGUGUUGCAUCAGCCACCGGCACACAAUUCACUUUGCUUUGUGCAUGCAACUAUUCGUAAUUUGCUCAGCAAACUCAUCAAAUGGCCACUACUGCUGAAAGGAACUUGUGGUGAAUUUCAAUGGUCGUUUUGGAGCAGGUUUGCUGCAGGCUUUAUACUGGUCAUUUCAAAUCAAAUCACUGUGACAGAUUCUCUUAGACUCUGACUGACCUUUGCACUGUCACUGGUUCUCAGUUUUGGUUGAAAAUUUAAGUAAGCAUUGCACAAGUUCCAUGCCUUGGUUGAGUUUGUGUAGUUGCGAGUUGAUGUAACAUAAGCUGGCGUGAAAGGCGUUCAUUGAAGUGCAACAUACCCAGUUGCACAUAUCCAGUGACCCAAGUUGGUUUCAGAGAGGAUCAUUGAAGGGUGGCACAUACCCAGUGACAUAAGCUGGUGUGAAAGACGUUCAUUGAAGGACAACAUACCCAGUGACCCAAGUUGGGGUGAAAUGGGUUCAUUCAAGAGUGGCACAUACCCAGUGCCAUGCAAGUCUCCGUGCAAGUUGAAUAAAAAAAUUCCUGGACGAUUGCGAUACUCCAUAAUGCAAAAUUUGAGCGCAGCUGUUUUCGUGUUUUCAUUUCGCGAUAUAUUGGGUGGUCAAUCUGUCGUGUGCGGCAUGUUGCAAAUGGAGCGAAGUGUGGCGCAAUUGCCUCACUAAUUGGAGAAUCACGAGAGGCAGCGUGUGGGUGACGCGUGGGUGCAAGUCACAGCAGCCACUGCAGACAGACCUGCUCAUGCAGCGCUUUGGUUCCAUAUAUCGUAUCAUUGGAUGCGCUCGUCGCAUGCCAUCAGUGUACGGAGGACGGCAUGCUACUCUGGCGCCAUCUUGUAGCGGUUGUCGCCUGUCUUGUGCAGCACUAUGCUUCUCAUGCUUUUGCCAUACCCUUCUCCUCCGCUUUCCGCCUCAUGGUUCCGCGCACCCUUCCUCCUCCGCUUUUCUCCUUGCACUCUCCGCUAUCACCGUCUUUCAUUGCCUGUUGUGCUCUGCGUUUGCUCUUUCAUUUUUCACUAUGCUCGUUCGAUCGGUUAUGCCGAGGGACAACACCAACGCUCAAUGCAGAAACGGGCGCCGAAGAGCUGCGCUCUAAAAAUGGUGUCAACAUAGACGGCGGAGUAGAUGAGACCGUUGUCCCCAAGCCCAUGUUCCGAGAGAUGUUUCAGAACUUUCCCUUAAUGUCAACACAACACUCCCUCUAUUGUCUGGACAGAUGACCUCUGAAGAUAUCCAGCGUAGCCCGAAUGAACUUUUCGUGGGAUUAUCGUCAAAGCCUCGAGAAUGUUUAUGUCCUGCUGACUUUACGCCCAAGUCUUCUUGGCAAACCAGCGAUCAACCACCCUGGCCUGUUCUCUUACCUGUGUUCACUGGCUGGUACACUCAAUGCCGAGCACAGCUUCCCCGACCUGUUCCAGGGCCUCGGAAAGCGUCAGAGCAAGUCCUGUACGAUUUAAAGUUGUGGUCGGACGCGAGGACGCGAAACCCUUUGCUCUGACGUCGCCUCGCCGUGUGCCACUGCCUCUGUUUGACAAGACAAAGAUGGAGCUACAGUGCAUGGAGAACAUCGGCGUCAUUACACCAGUCACAGAGCCAACGCCAUGGUAUGUGCAGAUAGUUGUACAAAAGUCCUUUGGAGCACUCCGGAUAUGCGUCUAUUACACUGAACUCAACAAAUCCAUUCUUUGAGAGGGGUACCCCAUCCCAGCAGUAGAACACAUGCUAGGCAGGCUAUGAAAUGUAUCCUGGUUCUCGAAGAUCGAUCCGAACUCGGGAUUCUGGCAAAUCCUGCUCAGUGAACGAAGCAAAAUCUCGAACGCAGUCAUCACGCCGUUUGGUAGGUUAUGCUUCAACAGGCUACCGUUUGGAGUCAGCUCGGCACCAGAACACUUCUAAAGAUGUAUGGCCGACAUCUUGCAAGGCCUUGAUGGAGUGGUCUGCCAUAUGGACAACAUCCUCAUCUGGGGCUCCGUCAGACAACAGAACGAACAACGGCGUUGACCUGCUCUUGAACAUGUCAGAAAAGCAUGUUUAGAAAAACAAAGACAAGUGAAGUUUGGAGCAUUCUUAGGUCAGGUACUUGAAAACAAUGAGGUCCACUUUGACAAAAGCAAGCUAGAAGCAAUCAAGUUGAUUCCCAGACCGACAUCAAAGACGAAGUUUUAGCACCUUAUGCGUAUUGCCAACUACUUGGUCCGAUUUGUGUUACACAUGGCCAAACUCCUGAACCCUCUAAUGAGUUUGUUGUUAACAAAGAAAUAUUUUGUCUGGAAUACACUGCAAGCACAAGCCUUUGCUGACAGGAAAAAAAAUCCUCCUAUAGGGUCCUGUCUUAGCACUGUACUUGCCAGACAAGGAGGCAUGUCUGACGACAGGCGCCUCUUCCUAUAGAUUGGGUGCUGUGCUACAGCAGAAACAGCCGAAUGGCAACUCUUCAGUGGUCGGGUAUGCUUCCAGGUUGCUCACAGAGACAGAGUGGCACUACGGCCAGAUAGAAAAAGAAGGCCUCACUCUCGUCUGGGAUUACGAAAAGUUUCACGACUACCUACACGAACCAUAAGCCUCUCAUCUGUCUCUCUUUGGAUCCAAGCUAAUUGGAGAUUUGACUGCACAACUCCGGCGAAUGCGCAUAUGACUGAUGCGCUACAGCUACAACAUUGUCUAUGUGCCAGGCAAAUACCUGAUUGUAGCCGAUGCUCUUUCAAAGUCACCUUUGAAAGACUCGACAGCGUCCGACUUGAAGGAGAGAUCAAACACUAUGUUACGCACGUGGUCCCGGCAAUUCCCGUUUCAAGUUCUUCACUCGAACAGCUGAAACAAGAACAAGAGUCCGACGCCAUUUGUUCUCAACUACGCAGACUUGCUAGUUCUGGUUGGCCAUCGCGUCGAGACCUUAGUCCAAUGCUCAAAGAGUACUGGUUUCACAAGGACAGCAUUCCAGAAGCUAACAGCGUCUUGAUGUUUGGUUUGCGCACUAUAGUACGAGCCAAAUUGCAAAGCCUAAUACUACAUCGGCUACAUGAAGGACACUUUGGUGUCGACAAGUGCAGAGAAAGAGCCAAAGACUCGGGCCAGGUCGCCAACGAUUCAUGCCAACCUAAAAAAGCACAGCAGAGCUUGCCAUAUGUGCCUACGAAUGAGGACAAACAGAAUGAUACCUCUGCUUUCGACAGAGUUUUCUGCACGGCCCUGGCAGAGUCUCAAUGGACCUGUUCUGCCUUGACGGAUGCUGGUGUGGCUUGUCACGGACUGUUAUUCGAGACUUCUUGAGAUGACUCGACUUGGUACUCUCAUAGCAGCAGUGGUGGUUGCCCACUGCACAUCUGUCUUCUCGAGACAUAGAACACCAGAAAUCGUGGUCACCGAUAACGGGCCACAAUUCUCGAAAGUUCCAAGCUCCGUUUUUGCAAGCUUCGCCUGCGACCACUUUGAACACGUGACAUCGAGUCCCAAGUACCCACAAGGCAACAGUUUAGUAGAAGCUGCUGUAAAGAUACUCAAGCAGUCUCUGAAGAAAACAGGAGACCUCUACCUGACUUUGCUUGCCUACCGUUCAAGUUCGCUGAAAAAUGGUUACUCUCCAGCAGAGCUUCUGAGGAUCAGAAAACUGCGCACAUCACUUCCGGUAGCCGUCGAGACACUCCUUCCCUGGCUCCCUAACUAGGACAAGUUGCGGACGUUUGAAAAAGAGUGCCGUCAGAAGCAAAAGAUGCACUAUGAUGGUUGCCACGGGGCGCGCACCAUACCAGACUUGCAGCACCAUAUGGUAGUCUGGAUCAUCGACUUAGGCAAGAGAGGCACCGUUUAACAGCGGGCAUCAGAACCCAGGUCACAUUAGGUUGAAAUGGACGGCACAUCUGUAAGAUGCAACAAAAAUCAUCUUGUCCCAUUGCCCAAUACCCCUGAAGACCUUGGAAGAGAGGACAAAGAAAACUCCUAUGUCCCAGACUGAUUUGUCGGAAACUGCAUGUGCAGAUCCGACUCACUACCACACAAAAAGCAGCAGAUGCGUUGUACCACCGAAAAGACAGUAGUAUGACUGCCGACUCUUUCCGAAAAAGCGAUAGAUGUGUGACCUGCGUUGUUUUCUUCAUUGGCCAAGUCACCAACUCUCGGAAGACGUCAAAGUGAAUAAAGCUGAGGCACCAUGGGCCUUGCACCCGUGAGGCAUUCUGUUCAACAGCACAUGCUCAGUGGCCCAAGCUGGUGUCGAAGUCCAUUGAAGAGCGGUAUGUACCCAAUGUCACAUACUGAGUGACCCAAGUUGGGCUGACGGCUGGUUUCGAACUGGGUUCCUCUGCACCUAAAAAAGGAAGUUUUUAUUUAUGAAUAACGACAUUUGACAAUCCACCUAAUUCCAUCUAUGUUUGGCAGAUGAAAAAUGGUUAGAGACCCAGCCUGACAGAUAGAUAGGCAGACAGUCCCCUAAAAGUGCAUGAAGUUUCUAAAGAAUGCUAAUCACAUUAACACGAAUUCUGUAACGAGAACUGCAAGGUGCUAUGUAGCAGUUUAAAGAUGCCUUCUUGAUGGUCCUGUUUAGAAAAAUUGAGUGAGAUGUCUGGGAUGAACAAAAUAUGUUCAUGCUUAAUGAGUCUUCGCUGUAAUUAAGAAACCGUUUGACUUAGACUGCUGUUCCGCAUAUGUUUCUCUUAUUUUUUAAUCAAUAUGCAUUUUCUGUAAUAGGACUUAUCUUGGCACCUGUAUUGUGACCUGUUGGAAAUUAGGAGAACUUGCAGUGAUGUUGGCAGGUUCAUGUCACUACUUAUGUGUGGUUUGUGCGUGUCUUGGGCAUCUUGUGCUUGUCUGUCGCAUGUUGGCAUAUCACUAUGUUACUUACCUGACAUCGAAAUAUAAUAUGGUGCUGAUCAAUAGCACGGUUGUCACUACAUUGCUGAAAGCAAUGCCUCUUCCGUAUUUUACAUCGAAAACCAGAGACGUCACCUCACUCUCCCUCCCAUUUAAAACUACCAUUUAUGCUCUAAGCCUCUAACAUUGGUGUUAAUUGUUUGUGGUUGUCUGUAAGGUAAUAGAACAAAUAUCAUUCUAAAUACCAAACAGUAUUGAGCUCUACAGUUGCAUGGCGUUUUAUAUGAGAUGCGGUCUCUUACUUUUGACUUUGUUGUCAGCUAAGAAUUGCAUCCAGCCAAACUACCCAAGGCCAUUGGUGGGUUCUGAAGGAUUUGAGAACCUCAGUAAUCAGCAUGGUUGUGGGAUACAAUACAGUAAUAACUGCUUACAACCACAGCAUGUGACCUAGCUGCUACCACAUUCACUUUAUUGUUCUCCAUGGCCUUCUGUACUUUCAGAAAGGAUGAUUAAGUGAAAAAUUGAUUAGCAAUUCUCUGUAUUGUCUUAACUUAUUAACUUGCUGCAACCUGUUAUUUCCUGUCUCCAAUUCCAUAUGUGAAGUCUCCUUAGCCUGCUAUGCUCCUAAAAAAAGAAGUCUUUAUUUAUGAAUAACGACAUUUGACGUCCACCAAAUUCCAUAGGUGUUUGGCAGAGGAGAGGCCCCAUGUUCAUAUAUAAUAGUAUAUUAAAGCAGCAGUAAUGGGUGGUGUAUGUCUAUCGCACUUAGUGCUCUAAUAAAAAAAGUUCUUCCACAAAUGCUAGUCAUUGCAAACUUGCUUUCAUGUAUUGUAACCCUCAAACUUGGAUCUUCACAGCUUAACCCGCCGCGGUGGCCUAGUCAGCUAAGGCGUUGCGCUGCUGAGCACGAGAUCGUGGGAUCGAAUCCUGGCCGCGGCGGCUACAUUUCGAUGGAGGCGAAAUGCAAAGACGCCCGUAUGCUUGCAUUGUAGUGCACGUUAAAGAACCCCAGGUGGUCAAAAUUAAUCCGGAGCCCUCCACUACGGCGUGCCUCAUAAUCAGAACUGGUUUUGGCACAUAAAACCCCAGAAAGAAAAAUCUUCACAGCUUGUCUAAUAAAAUGUUAUUAGUGGAUUUACUAAUUUCAUAGCCUAGAAAAUGUCUAUGAUUUUCUCUAUGAAGUUUGAACCCGUCCUCCAUGAAACUCAUCGAAAGCCUGGUACUGCCUUCUGUGUCCACGUGCUCAAAUACCAGAGAGUUUGUUCAGCACAAGUAAAUUGUGACCAAGUUCUUUCAUGCAAGAUUCUCUAUUCAGUUAACUUGAGGUGUCCCCGAACUGUGUGCAUAGCCAAUGUCGUGCUAUCCCAUUUCUUUCCAUGGAAAUUAAUGGUCGUGUGCUAGCUCCAUAACUAUGUCCUAAAGAAUUGUUUAUUAAGCAGUGCUAAAGCAGGGAAACCACACUCAAACUUUGCCUUGUUUAAACCCUUUGCACCUUUUAUUGUUAUUGUGCAAAUACAGCUUGCACUAUCCAAAUGCACUAAAAUUUUUACAUACCUACCAACUCUUAAAAUUUUUAUUGUAAAAUGCCCAAUGUUUUGGAGCUCGCUUACAGUUAUCGUAUUCACACUAAUAAUUUAGCAAUAUUUUAUUUGUGCCUAGUAGUCUACGGCAAAACUUAUUUUGAGAGGAUACAAGUACAGUCACUCGCCAAUUUUUCAUAGCCUGAUUUUUCGGACCCCUCGAUUGUAUGGAUGUACGCGUGCAACAGUGACACAAAGCUAUAGAAGCAAUGCAUUACAGCGACCAAAAUUUCUGACGCUGAUACGGGAAUAUUUAAUGAAUACACUUCACACACAUGUGGCGCAGACCAUUUUUGCUGAGACUGUAAAGCAGAGUGUGUGUUGGCUGUGUCCCUGCAAAACAAAGCUUGUGAAUCUUUAAAGGGGCCCUGAAACACUUUUCAAAUAAAUCAUAGAAUAGCCUCACUAUUGAAGGAUGUCGUCUCACGAAUGUCAUGCCACAAAAUGUUUUCUUAAUCCUUCAACUAUACCCGACUUUCCCGCUAGUGAGCUGGAAGCUACACUGCAAAGAAGCCAAGAGGGCAAAGCCCUGGCCAAAGGUUGAGCGUCGAGAUGGUGAAAGGUCUUGUUGCGGCAUCCCGUGGCAGCCGUGGUAGACUAUGCUACGUAGCACGCUGCUUCCUUGUCAGAUGCCACGCGCAGCAGGCAUAGCUACACGCAGUGCAAGAUGAAAUGAUUUUCCUGUCUUUUUGAAAUUGCAGACAUACUAGAUAUUUUUCAUUAAUUUAACUCAAAAUUAGCAAUUAUGUAUCACUGCGAAUGUUCUCGCGAUCACGAAAUCAGCCAAUAGCAUUGGUGGACCAACUGCUUUCGAUGACAACAUUGCGAAUGCAAGAGCAAGUGACUGUUCACUGCUUUUGACAUGAGAUUGUAAAUGCCCUGCUGCAUGUAGUGCAGUAAUAUUUGGCUCACAUGUUCACAGGAAACUCGUUAACAGACUGGCAAUAAUUUUUUAUUAUGUUGAAAAAGUAUUUCAGGGCCCCUUUAAUAAACAGUCAACAUGUUGAGUAAUCAGUUAACUUUAUUUUGCACCAAAUUUUGGUAAUUUUUAGCUGCAGCUCUGUAGUACUUUCAAAUACUAAUAGUGGCAGGUCUGUUGUUAGUAUGUUUUCAUGAUAAUGUGACUCAUGCAGUCAGUCUGAUGCCUUUUGUUCAACCUGGCUAAGCCUUGUCAAAUAUUUUCUUGGUUUAUUUGUUUUUAGGCAUUGAUGCAGCUGUGUCUUGAAUAAGUUUGACUGUGCUUAGCUGCUUCAGCUGCUUUAACUUUACGUGCUAAAUAGUUAGCUGCUGGCUGUAAGUUUCUUUUCUUAGUGAAAUUUAAUACACAUUGAUGUCAUAACAUCCAUCGCUCAGUUGCAUAGCACAUUAGUGCCUGUCUUAUUGCAAGUCUGUCCUGGUACCAGCACACUUAUUAAUUAGCCUCCUGUUAUGAGCCUGUUAUUGACCUUCUCCAUUGUCAGUGAUGUCGCCUUGUGAAGGUUUACACAUCACCUGAAUUUGGCUCUGGGACAAUUUUGUUCCCCCUUUUCUGCAUCUCAGUCUUUCAUGGUGUUUGCUAAUUAUCUUGCUGUUCCAUACUGGAUGAUGAAAGUCCCCUCCUCGGUUUCUGUGUACUGGAGAAUAGGAUGCACUCGCAAAUGCAUUGGUGUAUUUACUCAUAACCAACUGAGUUUUGAGGGCCCUUCACAUACCAUAUAGAGUCUCCCCACCCCCUUUGAAACUAAUAUUCUUAGAAGUAAUCCACGAAUAUUGGUUUCCAUUCAGUGCUCUCACAGUGAUAAUAAUAAUAAAGCAAGCCUUAUUUAUGCAGAAGCUGCACAGAUAAACGAGCAGGUGGCAUGGAAGACACAAAUGCAAGGAAGAUGGGACAUUGCAUUUUUGUGUCUUCUUUUUCACCUUUUGUCUCCCAUUGGUUUACAUUUGUGUGAUUUCCUGUGAAUCCUCAGCUCCAAUAAACACUAUUGCAAGAGAUUGCAGCUCGGAGAAAAAAAAAAAAAAAAACAUGUUUCAGGACUCUUCUGAUGUGCUAGAUUAAUUCAUUCUGAAAUAUGUGCAAGACAUUUUUAUUCUCAUAAAUUGCGCGCUAUUCACUAUAAAUAAGGCAGUUCCACCAAUUUUAUGGGUGUUUUAUUGUGAUGGAGAGUGCCACACUUAUAAAAAGAGUGUACAUAAAAACUAUCUUGAGCGCAUGUUUGUUAUUACAGGCACUCUUAAGUAUUCUUCAGUUAAAAAAUUUGAGUACUAAGUGAUGCAACAGUUGUCACUAUGCCCACUACAUUUCUUUGCCUAAACUGACCACUGCUUUAGAUACCAGCUUGCUUGACCUGUUUGGAUCGCAGAUGUGUGUAAUACUGUUUCUGAUGUUGUGAUUUGUGUUGCCUGAAUGCUUUCAUCUGAUGUGAAUGCUUAUUUCAAUACCUCUGAGCUGUCAGAACUACAUCAUUCAAUGUGAGCACAGAGGGCUUAAGUGUUGUGCUGUACCAUAUUUUUAUACCGAGGCGCCGUGUUUAUGGGAAAGGAUGUUUUGUUAAAGUAUUAUUUAUUCUAUUUUUGUGUUGCGUCAUUAUAUAUUUAUACUGACCCUCUACUGUGUUUUAACGGAGUCAUUACAUUUUGUUAACCGUUUCGAUUUGAGUCAAAAGGCAAGGACCUUUUCGCUGGUCUUGCUGUUGCAGUGGUGUAUUUUAAGGCAGAUUGAAUGUUUUUGUAGAAGUUGUUGCUAUUAUACUACUUACUAUAUUUUUGCACGCUGUGUGUAGGCAUGUAUUUCAAUAUUGUGGUCAUGUUGUGGCCAUUCUUAAAGGGACACUGAAGAGAAACACUAAAUAUGAUUAGACUAAUAAAGCACUUUUUCAAAACUUUGUAUCACCCGCCGUGGUUGCUCAGUGGCUAUGGUGUUGGGCUGCUGAGCACGAGGUCGCGGGAUCGAAUCCCGGCCACGGCGGCCGCAUUUCGAUGGGGGCGAAAUGCGAAAACACCCGUGUACUUAGAUUUAGGUGCACAUUAAAGAACCCCAGGUGGUCCAAAUUUCCGGAGUCCCUCACUACGGCGUGCCUCAUAAUCAGAACUGGUUUUGGCACGUAAAACCCCAUAAUUUAAUUUAAUUUUUUAAUCAAAACUUUGUAUCGUGAAUUUUGCAGUAAUAUGUAAAUUAUCAAAAGAUAAAGUGAAGGUCAAAGUUUUGUCUUUGUAAUUUCGUGCCGGUACGUCAGUGUUACGUCAUGGAUUUCAAAGCAUUUUUUUUUUCGUGCUAGAGCAGUCAUGGCUUAGUAAAAGUUCUUGAAACUUGUUAAGUUCAGUUGUUUGCUCUGUUAAGUACAGUGCAGUCAAUCAUUACCGAUAAAAAAACAAAAACUAAAUAGGCCCGAGCAGAUGACAUCGAAAUCCAUGACGUGAUUGUGAGCUGGUGCCGAAACUUCAAGGCAGCGUCGCCAGCUUUACCACUGCCAUUUUGUUACCGCUAGAAUCACGAUAACAGUGGUUAUAUUUUUUUGGUGCUCUAAAAGGGGAAUUUACUAAUACAGUCCGAAUAAAUAUUUUUUCUUUAGUGUCUCUUUAAUAAAUGUUCGGUAAUCAGGCUUUUCAGAAAUCUUUUGUAUUUUGCUGAAUAAAUGGUUAACAAUG